GUGUUUUAAAAAUAUAAAAUUAAAAUGUAGCACAAACGCACGUAGUUCGGUACCUUUCACCGUAUGUUUCACACGAACUUGUUUUGAAAACGUACCAUAAAGCCCGGGCGAGUAAGAGGAGCAUGGAGAAAAAUAAGGGCACACUACAGAGCCAGUUCAAUGUCCUAACCAGAUAACUCAUGUGGAGGAGCUUGCUCCUGAAGGGCACCACCUGUCUCUUGCAGGUGGCAGCCCCGAGGCUUCUCCACCAAAGACACUUUUCACCCCUCUGUGUGAGACUUCUCACUCAGAGGCUCCUCCACAGGCCUCCUGAGACUCCAUGUGGUUUAGAGCUUCGGGGUAAAGGCUACUUCCUGGCACACAGUGGGACCAGGGCUUAUAAAAAGGAUGCUAAGUCUACUGUAGAGUUUCCUGUGAGCCCCAUCACAGUCACAGACAUCAAACAGUAUCUGCGCUCCAAAGACAUUCCCUUCCACGAUGGCUACAGCUGCCUCCACAUCCCGAGCAUCUUUGUCGAUUCGUCUGCCAGGAAGGACAGCUUCUCCUUGUUCAUCGACAAAACCACUGGACAGUUUCUGUGUAAAGACACGCUGGUGGAAGGGAGCUGGGAGGAUCUCCAGGACUGUCUGGAGGUGAUGCAGAAGGAGGGGCAGGACGUCCUCAGCCCUAAUGUGCUGCUGGGAUAUCCAGAGAGUGUGGAGGAGCAGGAGGAGAGGGAGAGAGAGCUGAGGGAGGUGCAGAGGAUCUGGUCUAGCUCUGUUCCCUUCAGUGACGUCCCUGAGGACGAGGCUCAGUUGAUUAAAACCAUGUUCCAGAUCACAAAGGUCUCUAAUGCAACCCUCAAGAAGUUUGGCGUGAGGCUCUUCAAGCCUACCAAGAGUUUGGUUUUCCCCUGGUUUGGUGGACCCGACGCCUCCUUAAAGGGGGUGAAGCUUCUCUCCGCCCAAAGCACCGACACUGAGAAAGUUACUUAUAAUGAAGCUACAGUCCCAAAGUGUAAUUCUUACUACAACCUGUUUGGCCUCCCCCUGGUGGCCCGUAUGGAUUCGGAGGUGGUGCUGACUGGACAUGAGCUGGACACUCUGGCUGUGAGCCAGGCCACAGGACUCCCCAGUGUUGCUCUUCCACGUGGGGUCAGCUGCCUGCCACCGAUCCUGCUGCCUUACCUGGAACAGUUCAAGCGUGUGACGCUGUGGCUGGGAGGCGAUAUUCGCUCCUGGGAGGCGUCAAAGAUCUUUUCACGCAAGCUAGGUCUGAGGCGCUGCUCGCUGGUGCGGCCCGGGGAGUACCGGCCAUGUCCCGUGGAGGCACUGGCCCAGGGGAAGAACUUCAGCCACAUCAUCAAAUCCUCCAUCCCAGCGGCCCAUAAGUCCAUAGUGUCCUUCAAGCAGCUCAGAGAGGACGUGUUCGGGGAGCUGGUGAACACAGAGCAGGUGGCUGGAGUGAAGUGGACGAGGUUUCUGGAGCUCAACAGGAUCCUGAAGGGACACCGCAAGGGGGAGCUGACUGUUUUCACAGGUCCUACUGGCAGUGGGAAGACCACCUUUAUCAGUGAGGUUGCCCUGGACCUUUGCAUGCAGGGCGUCAACACAUUAUGGGGCAGCUUUGAGAUCAACAACGUGCGUCUGGCUAAGAUCAUGUUGACACAGUUUGCCAUGCAGAGGCUCGAGGAAAACCUGGAGCAGUACGACUUCUGGGCAGACAAGUUUGAAGAGCUGCCACUCUACUUUAUGACGUUCCACGGACAGCAAAACAUCAAGACAGUUCUGGACACUAUGCAACAUGCUGUCUACCUAUAUGAUAUCAACCACGUCGUUAUUGACAACCUGCAGUUCAUGAUGGGGCAGGAAAACCUCUCAGUAGACAAGUUUGCAGUCCAGGACCACAUUAUCGGAGCAUUCAGGAAGUUUGCCACCAACAGCAGCUGCCAUGUCACUCUGAUCAUUCACCCCAGGAAAGAGGAGGAUGACCGAGAACUGCAAACAGCAUCCAUCUUUGGUUCAGCAAAGGCCAGCCAAGAAGCCGACAACGUCCUCAUUCUGCAGGAGAAGAAGCUGGUGACGUGUCCCGGUCGUAGGUCCCUGCAGGUGACCAAGAACCGUUUUGACGGAGACGUCGGCAUCUUCCCCCUGGAUUUCAUCAAGUCGUCGCUCACUUUCUCUGCUCCCGUCAAGGGCAAGCACAAGCUGAGGAAGGUCACCACCAAGCCAGAAAACGAAGCGGUCGAGGAGGUCGAGGAGGUCGAGGUGGCGGUGAAGAAGGAAGAGGUUAAAAAAGAGAAAGCGGCCAAAACAACAAAGACUCCACGAACUAUUAAGAAUCCUGCAACUGGAAAUGAAAGCAUGCAGAAGUAAUAAUAAUGAAUGGAAAUCAUAGGCAGCAUGGAUAAUGUUCUCUGUUGAUUGUGGGUCAGUUUUACCACUUCUUCAGUUAUAUUUGACCGUUAGAAACAGAGGAAGAAAAGCUGAUCCAGAGAUAUACAAAAGAUAACGUUAGACAGUUUUAUGUCCAUAACAUAGGGUUCAACUGAGCUGAACACAAGUAUGUUGGAGCAACACAAACGAAUAUAUAUAUUCUAGAAUAUAUGAAAUAAAAGCUCUAAUUGUAAUUCACAAUGAAACGUAUAGUUAAUCAUCCAGGAAAAUUUGAGGUUACUAAACAUUUAUGUCAUUAUGGAACAAAGAAUGGAUGUUUAAACCAGAAUGUGAAAUAAUGAUGGUAAAGUGUUAGUACAUGUUAAUCUUCUGCACAGUUUGUAAAGCUUUUCUCUGCAGGCACUACUGUAUAUUAAGACUGAAUUCUCCGUUAAAAGUGUUCUUUGAUUUAAAAAAAAAAAAAAAAACUGGGACACCAAAAACUACUGUUUACAUUAUCACACUGUCUGCUUGGAUGACACAAGCACUUGCACACCACCAUAGUGUGCACUCUACUGACGUUUUGUACAAUGAUGAUUUAUUCAGUGAGCUGCUUUUUAAAAAAAACAAUGCUCGUAGUGCAGCUUUUUGUUUGUGUUUUCAUCUCUGGUCAACAGGAGGCAGUGUGUGCUUCAUAGAUGACAGUUAAGUUCACUACAGAUAGAAUCUAAUGAGAAUAAACCUCCACAGAAAAUAUCACUGGCGCACUGCAAAAUGUGUAUUUGAUUUGUCUUUGUCUUUAGGCUUCAGCAGUGACUGUUUUUACAUUGCUGAAGCAAUUUGCCCCAGAUGUCUGUGAUUAUAAGUAACUCCAAGCGUGACAGUACACAAUCAUGCAUAUUACUAAGAAAAUGGUUAAUUCUGCACUGUUCGCUAACACUACAAACACUGUAGUCGUCCAGUGUGAUUGUUUCCUAUAUAAAUCUUUCAGUUAGAUUGGUGAUUUGUAAGAUCAGAGAUCUUUGGCCUCCUUUUGCCCUCCUGCUGUGAGUGUUACCGUCUUUUAACUCUGAUAAUUAAGUGGUGUCAGAUUACACAUCAUGUUAAAAAGGGACACCUUUCUAUAAGUUUUCAUGCACCUGCCAAUGCUUUCUUUUUAAUGUCAGACUGAGCCAUCUCCAGUGUCAAAUUACACAAUCCAUUAUUUAGACUUAAAGUGACUUUUAAUAAAUGCAAAAGUGUUUCAAAA